AUGCAGCCCCCGGCCCUCGAGGGGCUCCUGGCUCCGGGCGGCUUCGCGGGCGGCCAGCCCCGGCCGCUGCUGCCUCCCGCUCCUCCUCCUCCUCCUCCUCCUCUCGCUGCUGCCGUGGCUCCCGGCCUGCCGCCCCCCGCCGGGAUGAACCCCGGCUUCGCCCCGGAGGCGCCCCCGGAGCCCCCCAAGCCCCCCCCGGGCUCGGCCGCCUCCUCCUCGGCCCCGCUGCCCUACGGCUACUUCGGCAGCGGCUUCUACUCGUGCCGCGUGGCCCGCGGCUCGCUCAAGCCCCCCGCGGGCCCCCAGGGACCCUUCCCCGGCCCCGAGAAGUUCCUGGAGCCCCCCGGCGCCGGCGAGGAGUUCCCGAGCCGCCCGGGCGAGCUCGCCUUCUACCCGGGCUACGGCGCGCCCUACGCGCCCCGUGGGCGGCUUCCACCUGGACGUGGCCGUGCUGGGCGAGCCCCGCGCCGAGGCGCGGCUGCCCCCCGAGCCCGGGGGCUGCCCCCCCCGGCCUGGCACGGCUGGGCCGGCCCGCUGUGCUGCGCCAAGGAGCAGGGCCAGCCCGGCUUCCUGCUGAAACCCGCCUUCGCAGAGGCGGCGGGCCCGUGUCCCGCGGAGGGCUGCGCGCUGCGGCGCGGCCGCAAGAAGCGCGUCCCGUACAGCAAGGGGCAGCUGCGGGAGCUGGAGCGCGAGUUCGCCGGGAGCCGCUUCAUCAGCCGCGAGCGCCGCCGCCGCAUCGCCGCCGCCACCGGGCUGAGCGAGCGCCAGGUCACCAUCUGGUUCCAGAACCGCCGCGUCAAGGACAAGAAGCUGCUGGCCAAGGGCAAGGCCAGCGCCGGCGGCACGGCCUGA